UCUGUCUUCGUUCUCUUCGAGCUCUGUCGUUGCUUCCGAGUUCUUGAAAUUUUCUUUACGGAACUUUGUCUGCUCCCUCAAAGAAAAUAGGAAUCAGUGCUAUUUAGUACGUGAGAGGACCACUAUCAGCCACUCCUUGUCGCCUCUCUGCGUCGUCUCCGAGAAAAGAGGGAGCCGCUUCGGAAGGGUAAAACCUUAAUAUCAUGUGAAUUCUUCCUUGAUUUCUCGAGAUCUUUGUCUAUUUUCAUGUUUUCUUCGUUUAUCUGGUUGCUGAUCGUGUAUCUGACCGGAUUGAUCGGGUCCUGUGUCUUCCAUUUCGCUAUUUUCGAGUCGCUUUAAAGAUAUUUUCAAGUGUGUUCUCUACUAAAUUAUGGAUCGAUGUGAUCUUUGAUUAAGCAAUUCGUUAGACAGAUAUCUGUUCUUCUUUCCAGAUCGGUAUCAUUCUCGUCUUUUUCGUGUUAAUUUUUUGAUCGAUCUAGCGUUGGGAAUCUUGUUUUAGAGACGGAUAUGGUGGGUAUAAGGGUUGGUUGUUUGUCAUGAAAACUGUUAGAUCAGGUAGAUCUGCAAUGGUUUUAGGGGUGGCCUUGUUCUAUAUGCUUGAUUUUCUUUACGGACCUUUGUAUGCACCCUAAGAAAAAAGAGGAAUCACUGCCAUUUAAUACGCGAGAGGACCUCUCUGUCAUCCCGUUCUUGCGUUUCUGUCGCCUCUCUCCUUUGUCUCCGAGAAAUGAGGGUGCCGCUUCGGAAGGGUAAAACCUUAAUCUCAUACGAAUUCUUCCUUGAUUUCUGUAGAUCUUUGUCUAUUUUCAUGUUUUCUUCGUUUAUCUGGUUGCUGAUCGUGUACCUGAGCGGAUCGAUUGAGUCCUGUGUCUAUCAUUUCGUUAUUUUCGAGUCGAUUUGAAGAUAUCUGUUCGUUAUUUACAAGUGUGUUCUCUUAUUUUCGUUAUUUACAAGUCGAUUUGAAGAUAUCAUUUCGUUAUUUUCGAGUCGAUUUGAAGAUAUCAUUUCGUUAUUUUUGAGUCGAUUUGAAGAUAUUUGUUCGUUAUUUACAAGUGUGUUCGUUAUUUGAAGAUAUCUGUUCGUUAUUUUCGUUAUUUUCGAGUCGAUUUGAAGAUAUCUGUUCGUUAUUUGAGUCUUGUGUCUAUCAUUUCGUUAUUUACAAGUGUGUUCUCUACUAAAUUAUGGAUCGGUGUGUCUUUGAUCAAGCAAUCCGUUAGACAGAUAUCUGUUCUUGUUUUCAGAUCGGUAUCAUUCUCUUCUUUUUUGUUUUUUUUUAAUUGGUCUAGCGCUGGGAAUCUUGUUUUAGAGAUGGAUAUGGUGGGUAUAAGCAUUGGUUGUUUGUAGUGGAAACCGUUUGAUCAGGUAGAUCUGCAAUGGUUUUAGGGGCGGCCUUGUUCUUGACGCUUGAUUUAGUACAUUAAUCGCAUCUGAUCUCCUUUUUUACAAGGACUGUAGGCUGUUUCAUGGUUCUUGUUUGCAAAUUUGGUCCCUGAUAGCUUUCGAGGUGGUAGACAUCUCAGAUUAGCUUGGGGAUUUUAGACCUUGGAGCUUGUAGCUUCUCUAAUCAUGAUACGUUUAUUGAUCUAUGACUUGCAGUUUUUUAUGUGGCUAAAUUUAUAGUACAUAGACUUGGCACCGAUAACACUUGGUUAUUUACUUCUAAAAUAAAGUAUUGGUUUUGACGUGGAGUAGCAUGGUUUAUAUAUAUGUUUGCUCUCUUUUAUGGAGUUAUUUAAACUAUUCCAUUGGAGAUCGUCUGUUUUAUUUAUAGAAACCCAUGGUGGUAACGUUUAUGAUCUAUUAAGCUCUGUAUUUUGUGUGAUGAAGCUUUAAGGUUAUUUUGACCGUUGAAAUUGUUAACUAUUGUAUUUUAUAUUCUUGGUCAUCUGGAAUUCUUCAUGAUGAGGUAUUCAAUUUGGUAAAUGUUUCAUUUGUUUGUGGCUGUUUGCUUUCAUCUUUUCUUGUAUUGAUUAUUUACUGUAUUUUAUGUGAUUCUUUAUAGCACAAAUGUCUGCACAUUUUCUUUGUAUAAAAGUACCAGCCUUGUAGGUUGUUCAUAAAAAUUGUUCAGUUUUGCAAUUCUCAUGACAAUAUCCCAAUUAUCAUAUUUUUUAAUUCUCAUAAUCUUAAACAUUAAUGCCUCUUAUUAGUCUAUUUUUAGGUAAUUAUGGUAUGGUCAGACAAAACUACUUGUAUACAGUUAAUCUAUUUUUUAGUCUAUUUUUAGUCUGUUGGUUAGACAAAACAUUAAUGCCUCUUUUUUAGUCUAUUUUUAAUCUAUUUUUCAUGGAUGGGUCGGAGGUGGGUUUUCUCUUGUUGCAUCGGUCUUCGAUGACAAUGGCAUGCUUUUGCUUGCUUCCAUCCUUAUUGUCAUCGUUCCAUCAUAAGUCCUUGAUCCUUGGUCCAAAGAUGGUUCGGUACAGGGAUUCUUUGUGAAAGAUUCUUAUGGUCUAUUUCAUGACCACCCCUUCCUCGAUGGUGGCGAAAACCUAGCCGUAGACACCAUCAUCAGCUUAGCUUCCUUGGCAGAGGCUAAAAUUGAAGGUGGCGAUCAACAAGGAGGGUUUUCUAUAGUUGCAUCGAUGGUGAUCUCUUGCUUUCGCUUGUUUCCUACCCUACGGUGGCCAUUCUAUCGCAAAUUCUUGAUCCUUGGUGCAGAGAAGUGUCGGUACAAGGAUUCUUUUGAAUCGAUUCUUUUGGUCACAGAUUUUCAUAGCAAGCUCUGCUGCUGCCUAGCUUACAAUGAAGAUGGCAAUUGAUGAGGAGGUUUUUUCUCUCAUUAGGCCGGUGAUGCUUUGUCUUUCUUCCAGCCCUAUCAUUGCUGUUUGAUCACAGAUUCUUGAUCUCUUGGUCCAGAGGAGAAGAGUCAGUAGGUUGGUUCUUUGGGAUAUGGAGUGUUCAUUUGCCAUAUGAUGGAUUUCUGCCCAUUGGCAAGGAAACCUUCUGUCAAUGGCAUAAUUGCAUUGAUAAAGGAGCCUAAGGUGGAGUAGAUUAUUUGGUCAUAGUGUGUUGCUAUGAUCGUGCUGUUUGUGCUUCUUAUUGAUGAAGAAGAGAUAAUUGGAUUGGGUGCCGAUAAGUGGCUGAGAAAGUUUAUUCAUCAGUGUUUGAUAAAUCCAGCUAAUCUGUUUGUAAUACUAUGAUCAGCUUAGUGAGUGUGGGAAGUUCUUUAUGGCAAGCUAAGGAGGGCACCGACCACAGCCAGUAAAUGAAUGUAAUAUUUAUUCAGGAUCAAAUGACAAGGAUGAGCUCUGGUAUUAAUUAGCAUCAAUGUUGUGGAAGGAGGUGGCAUCUUUUAUUACAAUAUGCAGUUAUUUUAUCGGCACACCAUGGCAGAUCAAGUUAAUCACCCAACAGUAAUGCAGAAAGUUGCUGGCCAACUGCAUCUGAGGUCCAGCUUUUCUCGAGAUCCACAAGCUUUGAACUGCAGCCUGUAUAGCCCCUCUUUGUAUCAGAGAUGCUUCACAACAGUAAACUGCACAAAUGGGGGAUUUCAGAAUCCGUCAAUGGCAGUUUACAGUGGUACCUAUGAGCUACCCAUUGUAACAUCUGUCUCACCUGUUUUUGCCCAUGCUCCUGCGGAGAAAGGCUUUGCAGGCUUUGCUAUUGAUUUCCUCAUGGGGGGGGUUUCUGCUGCGGUCUCCAAGACAGCUGCUGCUCCUAUUGAGCGUGUGAAACUUCUGAUACAAAAUCAGGAUGAGAUGAUCAAGGCUGGGCGCCUCUCUGAGCCUUACAAAGGAAUAUCAGACUGCUUUUCCCGAACAAUUAAAGAUGAAGGUGUUUUGUCUCUGUGGAGAGGGAACACAGCCAAUGUCAUUCGUUACUUUCCCACUCAGGCUCUGAACUUUGCCUUUAAGGAUUACUUCAAGAGGAUGUUUAAUUUUAAGAAAGACAAGGAUGGAUACUGGAAAUGGUUUGGUGGCAAUCUUGCUUCAGGUGGUGCUGCUGGUGCUUGUUCCUUGCUUUUUGUAUACUCUCUAGACUAUGCUCGUACGCGUUUGGCAAAUGAUGCAAAGGCCGCGAAGAAGGGUGGGGGAAGGCAAUUUAAUGGUCUUGUUGAUGUUUACCGGAAGACCCUGAAGUCCGAUGGCAUUGCUGGACUCUACAGAGGAUUUAAUAUUUCAUGCGUUGGGAUUAUAGUGUAUCGUGGUCUUUACUUUGGAAUGUACGACUCUUUGAAGCCAGUACUCCUCACUGGAAGCCUGCAGGAUAGUUUCUUUGCGAGCUUUGCCUUGGGUUGGUUGAUCACCAACGGAGCUGGCCUUGCAUCUUAUCCUAUUGACACGGUAAGGAGAAGAAUGAUGAUGACCUCCGGAGAAGCUGUCAAGUACAAGAGCUCUCUGGACGCUUUCUCCCAAAUUCUGAAGAACGAGGGAGCCAAGUCCCUGUUCAAGGGUGCUGGUGCAAACAUCCUCCGUGCUAUAGCUGGUGCCGGUGUGCUUGCUGGCUACGACAAGCUGCAGCUGAUUGUCUUUGGGAAGAAAUACGGCUCUGGUGGUGCUUAAGGAUGCAUCGUCAUUUUUUCUCAUAUGAUGACGAUUUUUAUUUCAGUAUACAUGCAUCUCCGUGCGAGAAAUUCUUGGACGUCAAUAAUUUUUGGUAGUGGGAGAUCCUCCCUACAAUUUUCGGGUGGAGUUCUGUUCUCCGAAACCUUGAUUAGCCUAUUAUGAUUAUUAGAUACUGCUUUCGUGAAGUUGCGAUGACGGCGGAGUGAUGAUGUCUGUACUCUGCAAAGCUUUUCCUUGUUAAGAGAUAACUAAUCUGUCACUUUUCUA